AAAAAAUAUCUGACAAAAAGGCUGACUGAAUGAAUGUAAAACGCGAAUGAAAAAAAAAAUCGAUGGAGCGGAGGCGGGAUGACUAGACUGUGAGGCAGGGGAUAACUUGCAAUCGCAUUAAGUUCGGUUCGAAGCUGAAACAAGGAUCCACUCGCCAAGAGUUGACUGGUUCGAACUAGGAGGGGGGGGGGAAUGAAUGAUCUCGCCUUGCGAAGAAAACAGGGAAGGACAUCCUCCUGAAAGGAAACGGCUCUACAGAAGCGAGCGGCGUGCACACGAUUCUGAAAGACGUAGGGAAUGCACAAAGCUCAUUUCAUGCAUCAACAGGUUAUUGCGAUCUAAAGGAGAGCUCGCGGGGUCUCUGGUCUCCCACGGCAGUAAGUUGUUUUAUGUUUACUGUGUGCCAUUUACCAUAUAUUUUCCAAACAUAGACUCAAGUAAAUGAAUGGAUCCUAGUGCUUUUUCGCUUUUGGAAAAAAACUAUUUUGUUAUGAAGAUGACGAGGGACGAUCGUAACAAACCAACAAAUUAUAAUUAACUCCAGUCUCGGAAAGCCACGGUUGGAUAGCUGUGUUAUCUAUCAUUCUGAUCCAAGUUUUCCCUGGAAGGCGAAACUGUUAGAUGGUUGCGUACCUGGCGUGUUUUUAUAACGUAUUACAAUCGACUUUAUUACAAAAAGGAGGAAAGGUCGAUGUUUUCAGGAGAACCAUUUGUAUAGAUUUUGGAUUAGUAGCUGGAUGUAAUUGGACGUUAGAUUAUAUCGCCGGCUGUUGGGGUUCAUAAGGAAAACAAGGUUUUAAUGAGUCCAAAAAACGACUUGGAGAAACUGGAUCAACAAAGUAAUGUCAGUGACUGAUGUUGACCGCUGUUGACCCUGACGUUCCCUGCAACCGUCAACUUUUCUGGAGUUCUUCGCGAACUCGAGGGAGACAAACGAACCUAUGCGUUGAUGGUUCCGAACAAGUGGAGUAUGAACUCGGUUCUGCAAAGGUCACCACAGAAGAGCUGGCUUGGACUCCGCUUGCGGCUGAACGAAAAGUCUGCCCAGGAGGAGAAGUGUGUACUGUGCCAGCACCCAGACUGCCCCGAUCGCCGCCACGCCACCAAGGUCUGCCACCACCCGCGCUGCCAGGAGCUGAACAACAGGAGCCCGCUGUGCCUGUGUGAGUCAUGUGACUCCCGUUGCCACCCGGACGAGACGGACAGCAUGCACUACGACCGCCACCCCCGCUUCGACCUGCAGCCGCAAGGUUCCAUCCUGGCCCGGAACGUGUCGACGCGGUCCUGUCCCCCCCGCACCAGCCCCCCCUCUGACCUGGAGGAAGAGGAAGAGGGGGGCAGCGACCGGGGGGAGCGUAAAACUGGAGGCAUGAAGCUGGUGAAGAAGAAACCAAGGCGCCGCCACACAGAUGAUCCCAGCAAGGAGUGCUUCAGCCUGAAGUUCGACCUGAAUGUGGACAUCGACACGGAGAUCGUCCCUGCCGUGAAGAAGAAGACCUUGCGGGAGGUGCUGGGGCCUGUGUUCGAGCGGAAGGGGAUCGAGCUUUCCCGCGUCGACCUGUUCCUGGACCAGUCCAACACGCCGCUCUCGCUGAACUUCGAGGCCUACCGCUUCGGGGGGCAUUACCUCAAGGUGAAAGCGCGGGCGGGGGACGAGCUGAAGGUGGAGCAGGGCGUCAAAGACCCGCGGUCCCUCAGCCUGCCCAACAUGAAGGCGGGAGGGGGCCACAACCCCUACAUCCUCAUCACCCCCGGCAACGAGAGGGUGGAGCACGGGUCGCUGGGCCGCCGCGAGAGCGUGGACCUGCUGGGUCAGGCACGUCGUCGGAAAAACAUUAACGAGUUUUUGGGGGAGGCCAGCAUCCCGUCCCCGGACUCGCUGGCCCAGUUGGGCAGCUCCUUCCCCGGUGUGGGGGGCGGGGCCGGGCCGGACAGCUGGAAGAACCGGGCCGCCAGUCGCUUCAGCGGCCUCUUCGGCUCCGCCUCCGGAACCAGCCCCUUCGGCAGGGAGGUGGAUCGUGUGGAGCUGCUGCAGAGUAAGCUGCUCUCGUACACGCUGCAGGGGCUGCCCAAGACUCCUCCUCAGCUCUCCUUUCACCAUGACUCUUGGGAGGAAGAGGAAGAGGAGGAGGAGCCCCACCUGGAGCUGGAGGAGAGCUGGCAGAGCCUGCUGGAGAACCCUGAGUCGUUGACCAGGCGCCAGUUCCACCAGCAGGAGGCGAUCUGGGAGCUUCUGCAGACUGAGUGUACCUACAUCAAGAAGCUGCGGGUCAUCACAGAUCUCUUUCUCUGCGCCCUGCUGAACCUGCAGGAUUGCGGGUUGCUAAGCGACGUGGAGCCGGUGCGUCUCUUCGGGAACAUCCAGGACCUGGUGCGCCUGCACACGUCGCUGUGGGCCCAGGUCAUGCUGCCGGCUCUGGAGAAGGCCCGGCAGAGCCACGCCCUCCUGGACCCCACCCACCUGCACCAGGGAUUCAAGACUUUCGGCUCCAGGUUUAAGCCCUACAUCCGUUACUGUAUGGAGGAGGAGGCCUGCCUGGAGUACAUGCGCAGCCUGCUGAGAGAGAACGAGCUGUUCAGGAUCUAUGUGACGUGGGCGGAGACGCACAAGCAGUGCAACAGACUGAAGCUGGCGGACAUGCUGGUGAAGCCCCACCAGCGGCUCACCAAGUACCCCCUGCUGCUGAAGAGCGUGCUGAAGAAGACCGACGAGCCGGACGCCCGCGAUGCCGUCAGCGACAUGGUGGCGUCGGUCGAGAGCUUCAUCAACAGCGUGGACUCCCAGAUGCACCAGCGGCAGGAGCAGCAGAAGCUGGCGGCCAUCUCGGGCCGCAUCGAGUCUUACGAGGCGGUGGAGGGGGCCAGCGAGGAGGUGGAGAGGAUCCUGCGGGAGUUCAGCAGCAUCGACCUGACGGCCCCCAUGAGGGGCACCUCCCCCGAGGAGACGCGCCAGCUCCACCUGGAGGGGGCGCUGCGCAUGAAGGAGGGCAAGGAGAGCCGGAUGGAUGUGUACUGCUUCCUGUUCACCGACAUGUUGCUGAUCACCAAGCCGGCGAAGAGGGUGGAGAAGGUGAAGGUGAUCCGCCAGCCGCUGUUCCUCCACAACGUGGUCUGCCGAGAACUCAAGGACCCCGGCUCAUUCCUCCUCGUCUACCUCAACGAGUUCCGCAGCGCGGUGGCCGCCUACUCCUUUCAGGCAAACAGCGCCACCCAGGGGCGAAGCUGGGUAGAAGCAAUCUGUAACGUGCAGAACAAUCUGAAGAAGCUUCGGUCCGAGGAGUCGCACCGGCAGAAGGCCCCUCUUCAGCAGCGCAUGGAGGAGGAGGAAGAGAGCAGCAACUCAGCCGCUAGCUCCCCCUGUCUGCGCCACAAGGAACCGCAGAGCGAAAGCCAAUCGGAUGGCUCCACCGAGACCCUCUCUGUGGCGGCGAUGGAGGAGACGAGCGGACCCAACGACUCGUCGUCCCUGGAGACGGACCCGAGCGGGUCCCUGGGGGAGAGCUCACUCUCCGGGUUGGAGGUCCCUUCCCCGGGUGCUGCCGGCCUUUGGCAUGGCCUUCCCGCCAGCCUCCAGCAGGGGGCGCAGCCAGUCCUGGAAGGGGACCCCCAGUGCCGUUCCCUGUCCAUGGACAGCGCCUACGGAACCCUUUCCCCCGAGUCCCUGCUGAGGGAGCUGGAGCUGAGGGGGAGGCAGGGCCAGAGCGAGGGGGAGGAGACAGAGGGGGAAGGGGUGGAGCCUGAAGAAGGUGAGAAGGAAGAAGAAGAGGAGGAGGAGGAGGGUCCAGCAGAGGGGGAGGCGGGCUCCAAGGCCACCCGGCGCUCGGCCGGCCGGGUCCCCAAGCUUCGGCGAAGCCCCCCUGUGCAGCCCCGCCUCCGCUGCCUCCGGGGCUCCUCCCACAACUCGCGUUCUGAGGACAACCUGCUGCAGCUGCUCCAGGGCCCCUCCGGGGGCCCGCAGGCCCUGGGGCCGGCGGAGAGAGCCGAGGGCCUGCCGCACAGCAAGAGCCUGUCCAGCCUGUACAGGCGCAGCAUCUCGAGCGCCGAAUUUCAGUUUCGGGCAGACACGGGGCAGCCCAGCAACAGUGACCCCUCUUUAAACACACGGACGGAUUCUUUGAGCAGGAGCCGAGCCGGCAGCAGCGGCUCGGACGGAGAGGCGGCGCCCUCUGCUGCGCGGGAGGGGAACUGCGAGCCGGCGGACGGGGAGGAUGCGCGCGACGUGGAGCCGGAGGGGGCCCGGAAGUCCCCCGAACAGCAGCACAAAAAGCUGACCCUGGCGCAGCUCUACCGGAUACGCUCCACCAUGGUGCUCAACUCCACGCUCACGGCAUCGGAAGUGUAAUCGCUCUGGCGGAUAACCAAACGCCAGCGCCUACGCAGGUGGAACCGCGCUACCAGAGUCUGUGUACGUGGUGGGACCGAAUUCCCGGCAACAAAAAUGCACUCUUCAAGAUAAACUAGCGCCCCCUGCCUUCCCGUUGGCUGUGAGUUUGAAUCGGCCCAUUUCCCAGAAAAGCCUAUUGUCGUUCUGUUCCGUGGAUGGUCUUCGAGGGAAAGGGGGAGGCGUUGGAGAUGAACUGUUUGCACUUUUUUAACGUUAAAAAGCUUCGAAGGGACAUGAAGCCGGGCGAGCGAGGCGACACGCGGCGAACUUCAAAAAUGACUGAACAAACGGCCAUGACCUGGACUUGACCUUUGACUUUUGACCCAUUUGUCCAUGAGAGGGGAGGGGAGGGGAGGGUCAGACGAAGACUUUGAUGAUGCUGACAAGAACAACAACACAGGAAGAAAAAAUGCAAAGGUGUAGGAAGCACAUGAACUAAAAUUGUAAAGCAGAACAAAGGUCCUUAGAGGAAGCAUGCGCGCAUAUGUGUGUGUGUGUGGGGGGUGGGGGGCGGGAUUUUGCAACUGAACAUAUAUGUGUGCUUAUGUGUAUAUAACCAAAACCAAACAAAUGUCCCUGACUGAACCAAAAAAAAAUCUGAAUUAUGAAGGUGUUACUCUUUCUCAGGAGUAUGCCGAUGGGUCCAAAGAUGUAUGCCUUUUCAACACAGUGUAGGCAUUCCGGGCUAAUACAGCACAAAAGCGGGUUCUUGUCUCUUUCAGUUCCUGGCAUCCUUUCUUGUGCAAACACUCAAAACAUUUCUCUUCAGGACUCAAAAUGCAAGCACAGACAGUAAUUUCAAGCACGUUUCUGAACUGCAUUGUGGGUAGGUAUGUCCCAGACUCGCCGAGGGGGCGACGGGACGUUAACGGCGGGCGACGCCCGCUUCCGCGGCCGGGAGAGCGGGGCGGAGUCCGCUUUUGGCACUCGGAGCGGAACCGUCCGGUUUCAGGGCGCGUUUCGUUGGCCUCCGAGAACAAGAAACCACUGGCAAACGGGCGAAGAUGGGCGAGGGCCAGCGCUAGCCACCGUCACAUGAUUAGACCUUACGACCCGUGGGCGGAGCCUCUGGGCAAAACGGUGAGGGAGGUAGUUGGGCCACAAUUUUUGAGGUGCUAUUGCGCCUGUUCCCACGUCUGCUGUGCUAAUGACAGUAUUACUGCUUACACGUGCUCUAAGGAAGCUCGAAACCUCCCUUGCUUUGAAUUAGUUAGGGUAGUAAUUAACACCACGAAAGGCCGUACAGUGUGAUAGACCCAAUACUCGAUGGUCGAUUCCCAAGUGUGAAUUGGACGGUGUCUCUGAUUAACUCUAGCUCUUAAUACCGUAGGUGUAGUAAAAAUGACCUCUUGAAGCACGUUUGGCCUGAUUAGGCGUUAGUACUUGUGUAAAAAAAUGUAAAAGAUUGCAUAUCAGGAACCAGGGCUUCAUGCCACUGAAGACUGACGUGGUCAGAAAGAAAUGUAUUUCAACAAUGUGGCAAAAGGGUCUUUUAGCCCAUUCCUGUGUUACUCAGCCCAAAGUUAAUAGUUUAACAUGUUUUCUUUGUGUGUGUGUUAUAUUUAUUGAGCUUGCUUUGUUUUAUAUAAAAUAUGAUUUCUAUUUGUGUUAAUGAACUUGUUCUCAUUCCUCUGUGCGUCCGUGGUCUGUGUAGUCUUAACAUCAGAUCUGUCAUUUCAAAUGUUUGAUCGUAAAUUGCUACGAAGCUAAAAAAUAUCAUGCUUACCCUUUACCUGAAUGUUUCCAAGGUCUUAUGAGAAAGAAUAAAGUAUCUAGUAUUUUUUAAAUUUACUGUACAGUAAAGAUGGUGGACCUGUUUCCUGGUGUCCAUUGCCUCAGACAAAUGAAAUGCAUGUUUUAUGUGCACUGUAGACUUAAAAAUGUGUCUUGCGAGGAUAGAAAGACUAUAGCCGUGUUCUGUCAUAGUGCCUUUGUAGCGAAACACAUGUUUAAAGCAAACUCAAUAUGUCAUUUUAAAUAUCACUCAGAAAGGGUUGCGUAGGGGAGCACACCUUGGUCAGAAAAAAACUGCAAAAAAGUCUGAAAUUGGAAGUGUUUUAGUCUUAACGACUUAAAAUCUUUUUUUUUUCUCUCAUGUGGAAAAUAUCUUAUUAUUUUUUGCUUGUCAAGUAUAAUUGUCUUAGCCCUUUGGGAAAUCUUGAAAUGAGUCAAACUGUCUCAUCUCAUUGGCAGUCUUUCUGUCUUAUUUAGCAAAAAAAGUAAUGGAAAUUAGAUUUUAAGUUUAAAUAUAAGACGAUAAGACAAAAGUUAAGAUUGACUUUUUUAAUAGCUUUUGUAAUGCACCAUUUCCUCCUGCACUCUCUCAAUAACUGACAUCUCUUCUGUGGUUUUCUAGAAACCUUCAGCUUUGUUUGAGCACAGUCGGACGGCAUGUGACCCUGUCAGUAGGCAGAAGCACCGUGCUGCGGGGCGAUGCUACAUUGGCCGUAGCCUCGUCCAGGGUGGGGCGGGGCGGAGCAGUGGGCCGGGAUGACCGUAUCUCAUUGCUCACCAGUGACUCCUGGUGGCCAGUCGGGCACUUGCGGCCGGCUCGUUCAAGCGGCUCACGGAGUGUCUUCCCCCUGCCUGUGCCUGUGCGAGCCCGGCUUGCGGACUGCAAAAGAAGCUUUGGCCCUAACGUCACGUGUUCAGGAGCGGAGCGUGUGCUCGUUUGCUGUCCUGAAUUAGUGGAGGUUGAUUGCAGAAAGGAGUGUUGCUGGUCAAUAUGACCGGACAUUCCAAAUGGGAAUAGGGUGUGGGGGCUUAACUAAGAUUUUGAAUACCAAAUUCUAAUUCCAAAUUCUAAUUCCAAAUCAGUAAGGUGUGCUCUCCUAUCCAUGUUCCUUUCCUAACCAGCGUUUGGAGCUUCCUGUGGGACUACCCCUCCACUACCGGCAGCAAGGCCUAAUCUGCUGGGUUUUCACUUAUUCUGAGGACAAGGCUGAAACUGACUUUCAGGGUCUCUGGAACCAGAGCAGCAUAAGUGCAUUUGCUUUGUUUCGAGGAACUCUAAUGCCUGUUUUUUUAUGCUAAUAAACUGUAAUCACGUGUUCUGAACAGUGACACCAUGUCUGAAAUACAGUCCAGCAACAGCCCAUUAAAACUCUGCCAGAGA